AUGCACAAGCUGAAACUGAAGAGUCGGAUAUGUUGGUGGAGACAGGUGGAGACAGGUGGAGACACGGGUCGGCUGGUCACGGAUUUGGCACGUGCGACGCGUUUCCUCGAGUCUGUCUGCCUUAUGUUGAAUCUGUGGGAUUCUAUACCAUCUUCUGUAGUGGACCGAUAUCUCGAAGUCCACAAAUUAGCCUUCACCACAGACUGUCUCACCACGCGGUGCGGAAUACUGCCUGUAAGGAAUAUUCUUGGUAUCCAGUCGCCAUGGGAAAGCACGGUACGAUAUGUUCGUUGA